AUGCAGCUCCCUCCAGCCUCAGUGAUACUUAAUCCAUCGGAAGUUCGUGGGCCACUCGUGAUUAUACUCAAUUCGAUAUUUGCAUCGUUGAUGCUUUUUGUUAUUUUCAUCCGCAUAUUCAGCCGCAUCCACUUAUCGAAGAGCUUCGGUUGGGACGAUGUCUUCAUAAUAGCCGCCGUGAUUCCGACACUUGGCUGUGGGACCAUUACGAUCCUGGGCUCCAUCAAGUACGGCUGGAAUAGACAUGUAUACGACGUGCCAUUUGCGCAUCUUGUCAUAGGGCUAAAAUUGACCAUGUUGAUAGAGUGCCUGUUUGCUGUCAGCUGCACAUUCACCAAGCUCUCGCUGCUAUGUUUCAGCCAUAAGCUGACAGCGGGUUUGAACUUGCGCGUUAUGCGAAUCCUUAUCAUCGCGAACGCAACCAUCGUCACACUGGAAAUGAUAGUCUUUUGCAUAGUAGCUGUCCCAGUCUCCGCCUACUGGGCCCUCUCGACCCAGCCUCAAGAAUGCAUCAAUGAAACUGCGCAUCUCCUGGGUGGCGGUAUACUGAACACCCUCAUCGAUGUCAGCGUGGUGUUUUUGCCGUUUCCUACCGUCAUGUCCCUCAAGCUAACUACCAGACAGAGGGUCAUGCUCUGCGUCCUCUUCGGUGCCGGUUUCGUGGUCUGCAUUGCCGGUUGCUUCAGAGCUUACUUCCUCCACAAGCUAAACACUUCGUACGAUAAGACGUGGACCGGCUAUCCCCUCUGGAUCUCUGGAACGAUUGAGAUGUAUUUCGGCGUGAUCGCUGCCUCGUUGGCAUCUCUUAAGCCGUUUAUUGUGCGCUACUUCCCUGCUCUCCUCGGCUCCCUUGCGGCGAAGAAGAUUGGACCAACGUUCUUCUCGUUCUUGAACUCGUUUGUGCUGAGAAUCAGCGCACCCCGUCCCGGAGAGGAGAACAAGAACAAGAGCAAUACUAAGGUUUCCAAGGUUUUUGACAGCCAGACCGAAACGAUAACAUUUACCAUGGACUGCGAUAUCGAGUUUGAAGUACUAAACCCCCGGAAUGCGGGGACAGAAGAAUCUCGACGUAUUGGACAGCAUGAGAGCGGUCAUAUAUCGAAGUCCACUCUCCACUCCGCUGACGCAACGUGGCAGCCGAGUUGA